UGUUCUCGCUAAUUGCUUUUCCCAAGCAACCACUCUCUGAAAUUGCCUCCAUGGCUCCAUAUAUAAAAAUCAUUCUUUAAUUUGCUCAUAAAGCCCCAAGAGAGGUUUGCUAUGUCAUGGAAUUGGACCCUAUAAAGAAAGACCCACUUCUCUUCCGCAGGAUUCCUCUCCUCUUUUUGUUCAACGACAUACCCUUACCUUAUUCGAUUCGCAAUAAUGGUGUCGGCAAGGUCCACCACCUUUCUCCUACUUUUCAUUUUGCUCCCUCUAAGAUUCUCCACCGCACACCAAGGUAAGAAGAAACUGGUGGUUUCCAAGCAUGAAACGGCAAGAAGUCCAGUGAACGUAGAGCAGAUUUAUCAUGGUUUUGCUGAGACAGAUCAAAGAACGAAGUUUCUUCAUGGAAGGAAGAUGGUGUCUAGAGGAGUACUCUCGAGGUCGAAUGUGGUAAAGGCUGAGAAUGGAAUUAAUAUGGCAAAGGGUUUUACCACCAAAUGGAACCAUGAAGAAGGGAAAGGAAUUUUGAAUGUGAAACAUAAAGUUAGUAAAAAGAAUAGUGGCCAUUCUACGAAAGUCAAAAGGUUGGCCACGGGGCAUUCGGCGGAGAUGGUGAGAAGCUGA